GAAUUUUAUCUGGUUAAAAUCAAUACGCUGACGAUGAACCUGUAGUUAACAAGUUAAAUUCUUUAUGUUAUUAGCAUUUCAAAAACAAAGAUAAGCUUCAGGCUAUACCACCAAAAAGCCGCAGUUUGCAUGACUAAAUAAGACAAGCUGAUCACAUUUACCGUGAUAUAUACAAAUGUAUUUGGCCAGUGUUUAACUAUGUGACUAGCUGCCUCCUGCGCCUGGCUUCCUUUUUGUGCCUCUCUCAAACUGUCUUUUUCCUCACUUGAUUUUCAAACCGAGAAGCCGUCCGCACACUUCCUCAAGCCGCUUUUUCCUAAUACUUUCCUGCCCCUCUCUAUUUAUGAAAACGUCACUUCAGGUCCCUCCCUGUUUGAAUCUCAUUAGUUUCUUGUGUGUUUCUCCCUGUCAAUAAUCCCGAAUCCAGACUCUCUCUAUUUCCAUCCCUCUCUAUCUGUCAAUCAGCGCCGCCUUUGAACUGAAAACCACUCCGACCAACUUCAACUCCCUCAAUCCGAGCGCCUCGGCUCCGUCUCCGGCUCCUUUUUCUGCCAACAUUUCCCUCUUUUUAGUUUCUACGAAGCGCCGCUCCUUGGAAAACGCUAAUAGAGACCCUUAACUUCAGCUCGGAUUCGGGAUCGCCAAGAUCAAGGGUUUAAAAACUUUGUGUUUUUGCCCCCAAAAUCGGUCGGGAAGAUGCCGCAGCUGAACGGCGGUGGAGGGGACGAUCUGGGAGCGACCGACGAGAUGAUCUCCUUCAAAGACGAGGGCGAGCAGGAGGAGAAGAUCUCGGAGAUCUCUUCGGCUGAGAGGGAUCUAGCAGAUGUCAAAUCUUCUCUCGUAAACGAAUCAGAAACGAACCAGAACAGCUCGUCGGAUUCGGAGGCGGAAAGACGGCCUCCGCCUAGGUCGGAAACUUUCAGGGACAAAACACGGGAAAGUUUAGAGGAGGCUGCGAAAAGGCAAGAUGGAGGGCUGUUCAAGAGCCCACCGUACCCGGGCUACCCCUUUAUAAUGAUCCCGGAUCUUACGGGCCCGUACCUGCCGAACGGAUCGCUGUCCCCGACGGCGCGCACAUACCUGCAGAUGAAAUGGCCCUUGCUAGAUGUUCAAGCAGGAAGUCUGCAGAGCAGACAAGCACUUAAAGAUGCCAGGUCUCCAUCUCCUGCACACAUUGUUGCCCCCCUCUGCUUGGAAUUCCCCGGACAGGGAGAUCUGAGCCUUCACCAAUUUCAGUUGUCGAAUAAAGUCCCAGUGGUGCAGCACCCCCACCACGUCCACCCGUUGACACCCCUGAUCACCUACAGCAAUGAGCACUUCACGCCCGGAAACCCGCCUCCCCACCUACAGACAGACGUGGACCCCAAAACAGGAAUCCCGCGACCCCCACACCCCCCUGACAUUUCUCCAUACUACCCGCUGUCCCCUGGGGCCGUGGGGCAGAUUCCCCAUCCGCUAGGAUGGUUAGUACCACAGCAAGGUCAGCCGGUCUACCCCAUCACCACGGGCGGAUUCAGGCACCCCUACCCCACGGCCCUCACCGUCAACGCCUCCAUGUCCAGGUUCCCGCCCCACAUGGUGCCCCCCCACCACAGCCUGCACACCACGGGCAUUCCACACCCAGCCAUCGUCACACCCAACGUCAAGCAGGAGUCCUCACACAGUGACAUCGGGGGCCUCAACAGCUCGAAACAUCAGGACUCCAAAAAGGAGGAGGAGAAGAAGAAGCAGCCUCACAUCAAGAAGCCACUGAACGCCUUCAUGCUGUACAUGAAGGAGAUGCGGGCCAAGGUGGUGGCCGAGUGUACGCUGAAGGAGAGCGCCGCCAUCAACCAGAUCCUGGGCCGCAGGUGGCAUGCUCUGUCCAGGGAAGAGCAGGCAAAGUACUACGAGCUGGCCCGCAAGGAGCGGCAGCUCCACAUGCAGCUCUACCCGGGCUGGUCGGCGCGGGACAACUAUACUGAUAAACAACAGGGCAAAAAAAAGAAGAGAAAACGGGAAAAGCAGGCAGGGGAUGGCAGCGAACACAGAGAAUAUUUUCCAAACCCUUGCCUUUCCCUUCCACCGAUUACAGACCUGAGUGCCCCUAAGAAAUGCCGAGCACGCUUUGGCCUCGAUCAGCAGAGUAACUGGUGCGGGCCCUGCAGGUGUGUAUGACGUGUGUCUGCGGCUGACAGCCAGGUGAAGCUGGGGUUGGCCGGCCGGCCCCUCUGCCCACAAGUGCCCCCAUCUCUCCCACCCUCCUGCCACUGCUACUAGACAGGUAGCUGAAGAGCACUGCAGCUCCACACUGACCCCUGCAGGCCUAUCUGCACACCUGUACCUGGUGUUUUACACUUCGGGCAACUUAAGUAGGCUAGAGACGAGGAGGAGGAAGGGCUUGAUGGGAGGCACAGCUGAUUGGCUGGUAAGUCGAGGGCAGCGGCGCCUAAUGACAACCCCAGCCGGACCCUGAGCCUGUCUCCAUAUCAUGUUUGUCCAAUGACCGGUGUCCACUCUCUCUCUCUGUUGUAUUUGUGUUUUUACCUUUUUGGCUAACAGAUGCAAAUACCCCAAAGAAGUGUCGUGCCUUGUUCGGGCUUGACCGGCUGAAUUUAUGGUGCAAACCAUGCAGGUAUUCUCACUAACACAGAGCCUUGGUGAAGUGUGAAGAUGGCACUCAUGAUGGUGCUGGUGACGGUGAUGAUGAUGCCCUUCCUCUGCUACCUUCAGAAUGUCCCUGCUUUUCUGACCCCAAUAUCUUGUCCGGCCCCCUCCCUGCCUUCUUACUGAGGGACAACCCCCACCCCCCAAUUACUAUAUCCUAGUUAGCUGGGGUUCCGUGUGGCUUUGGAUUCAGUCGUAUUACUGAAUUAGUGGGUAACCUCCAUUUUAACUUCUGUGUGAAGAGAUUUAGCUGUUGGCUUGUUUUCAUGGUUCCAAGGAGCUGGGAUUAGAGGGAGUGGCCAGGUACAUGAUGGAUGGAUAGUUGGAUGGAUGGAUGGAUGUUCUUCGAAGUCUUGCACAAAAAUACUCUGAGGGCAGAAGGAAAAACUAUUGGUCAAGGGAGAUAACCAAUCAGAUUGCAGAGGAGGUGGGACCAACCAAUUAGAUGUCUUUGUCCCAACUCCUCUAGUUGCUUGGACCCACCUCCUCUACAAUCUGAUUGAUUAUAUCACUGAUCAUUGAUUAUAUUUCUCCUUCUGCCCUCAGAACAAUUUUUGUGUAAGUAAAACUCUCAUGAGCUGCAUGGAUGGAUGGAUUGCUCUAAACAGUAGGGUAAUUUUAAGUCAACAACAUAGCUGUAUAUGUUAGUUGCACAUUGGUGCAAACAGGAAUGGUUCCUGUCUUAUACAAUAUCUGUGUGUGCAUGUCUGGCUUUGCAUUUACUAUAUUGUGGGAACCAAACGUCCCACAAUGUGGUAAAACCUGUUACUUCUUAGCUUGUUGGGACAUUAUGAGCUCGAUUUUAAAAAAAUCUGUGAAUGCAAUUCAUAAACAAAAACAACCAAAAUUUUGUUUGGUUACUUAUGGUUAAGGUUCGAACUGGGUAGGGGAUAGGGUUAGUAUAGUUAGGAUUAGGGUUAUGCAUAUAGAAAUGGAGAGUCCCCAGAAUGAUAGAAAUAUAUGAACCGUGCGUGUGUGUGUGUGUGUGUGUGUGUGUGUGUGUGUGUGUGUGUGUGUGAGUGUGUU